UGACAGUCCUUGCCAGGGACCUCAACCCGUUGUCCGAUUUUGUACGACAUUUCGACUGUAGUGAAGUGUUACAAACGAUUUUCUAUAAACACGUUCAUUAGUUCAUCUAUCCUACGAACAGUUUCUUAAAAUAUUUCUUGAAUGUUACACAUUUCUUUCCUUUUACAGAAACGUUCUAUAUACUAGCAACUGAAACUACUGUCAGCAUACGUUACAACAUCGACUCGGAAUCGACACUGAAAGCGCUGUCAGUUAUACCAGUGGUAUUCAUAAUUUCGUUUCGAUCUAGGUUACAAAACAAUGUUAAUAUCCUUACGUUUAAAGCAAGCAAUUUCUAUUAAAUAUACUUUUAAAUUUCCUAUAAUAUAGAUUAUUCGAAAUUAUAAUUUCAUUACUUAAAUGUUUGUUUUCGAUUGCUUUUAAAUAUAUUGUUUUCUUAUGGAGGUACACUGUUCUGUAUAUCAUGCACUUUUCACAUAAAAUUCUAAACGUUAAGUGCGUUUCCAGUGAAAACAAUACUUGACUCGUUUCAUUGUAUCAUUUUUGUCUUAAUUGUAGGAUUCGUUAAAUAAUAAUUAUACAUAGAAGGGAAUGAGAAACUUGUAUUAAUGAAAGUCCAAACUAAGAACACAGACCGUGCGUGAAACGGUACCAGGGCCGUAUUAAAGCAUGGCUUUAUAUUUGUAUUGCCUAAUCCAACUGACUAUGAAUACAUUCUAUUCGAAGACUUGAAUAUUUUAACAUCAUUUGAUCAUUUUUUUUUUUGAAAGAAGUGAUCUUUUAACUCAUCUCUUAACGGUCACUUGAGAAAUCUGAUUUAUACUGCGUUGCAAUUAAGGACUGGGUAAAACGAUAUUCAUCUACAGUUUUGAAGAGUGUAUGUGUAUGUGCACAUAUCUGUUUAUCCGAUGUACCGUUCCAACGGUAAACACUGAUUAAUCCAUGGAUCGUUAAUAGUUGUAUUUAAAAAGAAUUGCCACGAAACAUUGUCAUCGUUUGGUUAAGAUGACGUUCUGGCACCGCUGACAUCGAAUGUGUUUUCUUUUUAGUUAACACCAUACCCACUUGAUACAGUAAAUUGCAACAAAGUGGUAAUGGCUAAUCAUUACGAGGUGCCUAAUUGGGCAGGAAAACCACCAGUCGGGUUACAUUUAGAUGUAUUAAAAAAUGACAAAUUAAUCCAGAAAUUAAUGGUGGAUGAAAAAAAAUGCUACCUAUUUGGCCGUAAUCAACAAUUAAAUGAUUUUUGUAUAGACCAUGCUUCUUGUUCUCGUGUCCAUGCAGCUCUUGUUUAUCAUAAACACCUGAAUCGUGUAUUUCUUGUCGAUUUGGGUAGCACACAUGGAACCUUCAUUGGUAAUCUACGAUUAGAACCUCACAAACCUACGCAGUUACCAAUUGAUAGUACAUUUCAUUUUGGAGCAUCCACUCGAUAUUACAUUAUCAGAGAAAGACCUCAAACAGGUACAAGACCUAUCAUAGAAGAAUUGGAAAAAUUAUCUGAAGAUAUCGAUGCCGGUGGUUUAUUGGGUUUGCCUGAAACAGAGACAGAGCUCGAUAAUUUAACAGAAUUUAACACUGCGCAUAACAGACGUAUAUCAAUGUUGGGUAUAACGGACGAUGAAAUUCAUAAGCCGACGAGAAAACGAAAGAAAAAAGGGAUUACCUUCAACGACGAUGAAGAAGUAAUAAAUCCAGAAGAUGUUGACCCGUCCGUCGGUAGAUUUCGUAAUCUUGUACAGACAACCGUCGUACCCAGUAAAAGAAUGCGUAUGGAAGGAGGAUUAAUUUCUUUAUCGGAAGAUCACAAUCCGUUAAAACACCUUCAACCUACAUCGACUGCGCCGCAGCUGUACCAGGAUUUACCACCGGAACAGUUCACGCCCUCGUCACUGUCUCUCAAUCCAUUUUCAAGCGCUUUGUCUUCGUUGACUUCUCGACUUGGUAUUGCCUUACCAAAUCCUGCGCCUGAAGUAGAGAUGACACCCUCCCAAAUACAAACAGAAGCGCCUCACGUACCGGAAAUGUCGGGGCCUACCGAAACGCGAACUUUGGAACCAAAAAAGAAAAAAUAUGCCAAAGAAGCAUGGCCUGGGAAGAAACCCAUACCAACGCUUUUGGUGUAAUAGUCUCAGGAAAUAUAUUUUUCUUACAUUUCCCUCAGACAAAGGUAAUAGAGAUUAAGUUGUAUAAGAAUUUCUGUAUAAAUCAUUCAUAAUAGUUUUAACAGAUACGUUUAGUUAAUGUUACAUGAUCACACGAUUCGUACCUUGAAUCUUUCAACUAACUUUCUUUUAAACAUACAAUCGACUUCAUUUUUUAAAGACAAGUAAUCGAACGCAUUUUUUUUUAUUUGACUCAGGAUCUACCGUUUGAAUCUGAUCUUCAUUUGCACGUAGUCUUUUCGCAAAGAUCAAAAGUAAAAUAACAGCUGUAAGAUAAAGAGAACGCGAAUAAAAGAAAUUUUAUCUCAUUUUAACAUUAAGAAAGUACGAAGAAACACGAGAAAGGUAAUAAGAGAAUUUUCUUUUGUGAUACGACACGCACGUUGUUGCUUCGAAUUAUUUAAUUUAACGUUGCCAAUCUCACGCCGAGACUUCACGCCAUCGGAGAGAACUUUGUUACGUUUAGCCAGAACGUACGCACUGCGACAAUGAUAACAAUAAUAUCCUCGAAAUGUAUAUUUCCUGAACUCGACCGUUAUUAUUCAGUUACGUUAGACGUUCGAGGAGAGUAGUGGAUAAUCGUUAUUCGUGUAUUUAGUGCAAUGAACAUAAGAAUUUACUAUUGACUUAAGUUUUAAGAAAGCUCUUUGGAACCCUGAAUAAAUAACGACUGUGAAAACAGGGUUGCACCUUCGUACGUUUCGAACUUUCUUCCGAGAUCGACGGGUCCGUCGAUUGCUCUAGAACGUUGAAAAAGAAAGAAUGCAAACAAAUGUUCACGUAGAUAGCGCAUAAUUGAGAGACGCGUGAGACGGGGGUACAUAUUUUUUAUUUCUAUAAUAUAAACGACUGUACUGAAGAUAAAUAAUUUUAUUAAAAAAUAAACACGUCAUAAAACAUAUAAAACGA